AUGGCCACGACCGUCCGGAAGGUUAAGCAGGAAAAUCGACUCAGGCGACAGGGACAGAACCAAGAUGAGGAGGGGCUUUACAAGCCCGUGCCGCCCCCGAAGCCGGUGCAGAACAACCAGAGAAACCAGGACUCGCAGUCCCCUCGGCAGGAUCAGGACCAGGCUGCCGUGAACCGGACGUUCCAUCGGACCCCGAAGAACCUGCCGGAAGAGUCCUCUCGAGAUUCCGGACAGACGGUGCUUCCGGAGUACAGGAUGCCGCCGUUGUACGGCGAGGAGCAGAGCUCGAGUCAGACCCAGCAGCCGCCGACUCUUCGGACCCACAGCAGCAAAUUCCCGAUCGAGCGCGAGGUCGUGCUCUCCUCGGCGGACAAGAACUCGAAGAUCCCGAUUCUUCACGAGUACAAGCAGAGGAGCGCCGGAAGGGUCGCCAUUGCCCCGGAUGCCCCCGUCAAGCAGCAGGCUUGGGUCCAGGAGGGGGCUCAGCUGCAAGAACUGAGGCAGGAUACCCAGACGAGAAGUUACCAGAUCCAAGAAAAUUAUUCAGUUACGUCCACGGGAGCCGUACCGAGGACCCUGAAGAUAGAGGAGGAGAGGACCAAAUCUUUGUCCAGGACGUAUCACACGAUAAAGGACAUGAUCUCGAGCCGCUUCGGGCCGAGUCGGAAGGACGACCCGGAACCGGAAGCCAGCUUGAAUAACGUCACCGACGAGUUGCGGAAGUCGAGCCGAAGUAUCGACGACGAGGAGGCCAAGAAGAAGGAGGGCAUUUACGGGAAACCGAGAGCUCAGGAGCCACCCGGGAACAUGCAGCAAUACUCCAAAAAUGCUUACGGACAGUACGGUCACACUUACGGCUACCAGGGGGGUCAGCAGAACGUCCCUCUGCCGGGCCAACAGAACGUCCCUUUGCCGGGUCAGCUUCCGCCCCCGCCAGCCAUUCAGCCCAGUUUACCGGGUCAGAGUGCCCAGCUCCACGUGACGCAUCACACUCCACCAGGAGGAGUCCAAACAGUCCAUCAAACCCAGAUAUCAGGAUUCGCGGCAGCCCCAACAGUCCAGCAGACUCCGAAUUCAGGCAGAGAGUACGUAGUUCCAGGCCCCGGAGUGCCCGGCCAGAACGUGCACCAACCCCAUCAUCAGUCCAAUAUUCAGGGACAGGGCACUCCCCUGGCCAAACACGGGAUCCCGCUCCAGCAACAGCAGACCGGGAUGCAACAGCAAAAUCAAUCUUAUCAGAGCCCCCAACAGCUGCUGCAUCAGAACCAGCUGUUGCAGAGUCCCAGAUUCGCCCAACAACACGCACAGAACAUGCACCAGCGUCACCUGAUCCAAACACUGCAUCAGCAGCAGAUGGCCAAUCAGCAGAACUCCCAGUCAGCUUUGAGAACCGGACAGCAGGCGCAUUUCUCCAGCGCGUAUCAACAGUACCAAGCGAGACAGCAGCCGAUUUCCAGGUCUCAGAUCGAUCUUCCCAGCACGUCCAGGCAGACCGCGGAUGCCAGGACUAACCCUAAUCAGGACGUCUAUUAUCACUACGGCCAGGGGAGGCCGAGGUACGGCGUUCCUCAGGUCUACAUGAAGACCGAUGGAGCCAACCAGGAAAACGAGUUCCAAAGGAGCAACUCAGCCAGGAGGAUGGAAAAGGCUGCCUCUCAGCCGCAGCUGUGUUACGAGGACGAGAGGAUUCUUGGCGAGACUCAAAGGAACUCGUCGGAGACUCCCAAGACCUCCCCCGAUGGGGCUGAUAGGGAAAAAUACGAGAUUACCGUGGACGAACGCCAGGCCGAAUUUCUGAGGAAUGGCUCCCAGAGGAAAGAGGACAACAGGCCGGAUACGAGUUUCGGGACGCGCCGGGACGAAACCAGGGCGUCCAAAAGGGACCAACAGGACUACGGCCAGGACUCGCAGGAACUCAAUGGAGGCCAGAAGAGGAACGCCGACAUCGAGGCCGCGUAUGCCUCGAAACCUAGGGAAGCGGUCGAGCAGGAUGGGGUCAGAGCUUUGGCUCCAAAGGCUCACGUCGUUGCCGGGGAAUCCUCCAAGAGACUCGAGGAGAACGCGAAGAGGACGGAGAUCGCUCAGCAUCUCGGAAAAGAGGGUUCCGCGAAAAUUGAAACGAGGAAGGAAGAUCUGGAACAUGGUAUGGUGAGGCUGAAAAUUCAGAAUCAAGGCUCCGGGUCGGAUUACGACAAGGCUGGGCAAAGCUCUUCUAAUGUGGACUCUGGGAGAGGAUCGGCCGUUUAUUCCAGUGGGAGACGUCCACCUCCGGAAGAUCAAGGCAUGGCGCAAGGUCAGGAUUCCGAGUGGGUCGACAUCGUGGAGUCGGAGCUGAGAAGCAUCCUGGAGCCCAGGGACGUACCCGCGAUGGCGCACUCGACCUUGUCCGAAAGCGUUUCUUCGGUAACUCCACCAUUGCCGCCCUUGUCCCCAAGAGGAAGUCCCAGGACUUCCAGAAAUCGCUACACGGCAAGCUUACCGUACGGCUCGAAACCAGGUUACGGCGAUUACGGUAAGAGCACGGACAAAAGGAGUUUUCCGAUCACCUCGAAGCACCGCGGGGCGGCGACCUCAAAGAAGGAGUCCGCUAAGAAAUUUUCCCACCUGUUCGGGGUCGAAGCCGCGGAUUUGACCUCCACCACGACCGGCUUGGACCUGGACUCCAUGUUGGAUAGGAGUGACUCCGAUAUCAGCACCAAUGAUGCGAGGACUAUCAGGAAACAGUUGGAGGGCCUUGAAAAUAUGUACAGUGAGGUGCUGAAGUUGCUCGGCGGAAGCGUAAAGAAAAGACGGAAGGCCAGAGGAAUGGCCAGCUAUGGCUCGGUUUCUUCCCUGCCGACGUCGUCCGUAUCUUCGAGGCCGAUCGUCAGACACCACGAUAAGAGGAGGUCGCACGUAAUCGACGACAGGAUGAAGAAAGCCAAAGACAUCAAGAGCAUCAACAAGCGGUUUCAACGUCUCGAGUCUCACGUGGUCACCCUCGCGAGGUCCGUGGCCCACCUCAGCUCGGAGAUGAGGACCCAGCACUUGAUGAUACAGGAAAUGGAGAACAUCAGGGGCGAGAUAGCGGCCCUGAGGACGCAGACGAGUAUGGCGAUGGUGAGGUCGCAAUCUCAGCCCUUAAUCAAGGACUCGGAGCUCCCGGCCUUGUCGAAUCCGUCGAGGGUGAAGAAGUUGACCAAGUUCUUCGGCACCGAGCCGCCGCUCAUCAGGCUCUUCCUCAGGGAACUUGGGUAUGAGAAAUACGCGACGGCGUUUGAGAAGGAGAAGGUCGGGAUGGUGGAGCUACCCUACCUGAGCGAGGAAAGGCUGCAGAAGAUGGGAGUGCCCCUGGGUCCUCGACUCAGGAUCCUGCAGGAGGCACGAAUAUCCGUCUGCAAGGACCCGGUCUACGUGGUCUAACGAAGAGGUCGAGGACGAUCUACGAUCGAUGAAAGCGAGCAACGAAAAGCCCGCUCCAGAACGGACCAGUACCCGAGGAACGAGGACGAUCUCGCCGGGAAGGACGACUCCUUCCGACGACUCGACAGUAUUACUUCGCUAUACGUAUCGAAGACUCCAAGGGGCCGAUCGACUCGCCCUGCGAACUCGAAGUCAUUAAACUCGAAGGAGCGACCGGAAGAGAGACAGGCCGGACCGGCCCAGAAAUAAGCCAAUCUUCCUCGUGACCGCGAUUAAAGGACAUUCCGCGUAUGCACGACUCUCGGACACGCGUGACGCCGUGUAAUUACAUUUGGUCCGGGUAAUUUCCAAGUGGGCUGACUCACAUCUCCCGGCAAACGACGUUUCUCCGAGGGAGCGCAAGUGGUGUAAUGGGCGUUUCGCUCGCGACAAACGCGGACGCUUAAACGACUGAAAAGUGGCCGGCUGGUGGACGACGCGAGUAAAAGUGCCCCCGGAUGGAAGUCCGCGCCGACGAGUUUUCCGAAUUCCAGAGAACGCUUCCACCGAGAGCGCGACGAAGUGUCUUUGCCAAAGAUCCGUACCAUUCGACGUGGCCGCGCGAUUUCCGGCGGAACUCGUCCUCGCUAGGUCUCCCAGGGAUCUUCACCUUUCGACGGCCGGGAACCCUCGGCGUCGAGUACCAAAGAGAUCGAUCCAAGGAACUCGCCUCCGGUCCCGAAGGACCGGUCCGGUUCGCUCGCGGCGGCUCGAUGGCCCUCGUCGUCGACCUUAAGUCCCUGUACAGCCUCCCUUCUAGGGCGAAUUAUUGUUUUUUAUCCUACCUUUGUGCCCGUUGAGUUACGUAUUUAAUAAACGUUUU